AUGGAGAUGGGGGCAGCUUCCCGCUGCGCCCGCUCCCCGACCAGCCGUGCGUACGCGCCUCCAGAGCGCAUGCACCAUAGCGCGCUGUCCUGUGCCUGGGGCAGCCCUGCGUUCGCCUGCCGACUCUGGCCCUUCCAGCGCGCCAUCGGCAGCCGGCGCGUGCGCGGUCCGUGGGAGCAGCAUGGCGUCGCGCUGGGCGCGGGUCUGGGCGGCAGCGGUCCGUUCCCGAGGGCAGAAGUGAGGUGGGGGUCCCCCGGCUCUCCUGGGGCAGCCCCCCCGCGAGGGGGUGCAGGCGAGGUGUUGUCGUCCCCUCGCUACCGGGCAAAGGGGAGAGAAACCGGCUGGUCGGAGCUCCUGGGGCGCAGAGCCCUUCCAGCAGAAUCCUCCCCUGUCUUUUCACCGUUGGCUGGGUGUGACAAACAGGUUUACUUUUUGCCUCCUCUUUUCCCAGUGUCACCUUCCGUGUCACACGAAGAAAAUCCUGCAUGGUUAAUUCUGCUUGCUGCUCAGGUGGAUGUCAGCUGCCACCAUUUCACUGCGGUUGCCCUUUCUUCUGCCAUGAAAGUACAAGACACAUGGAAAGAUUCCAUAGUGGUCUGCGAGUACAAGCUUUAUUCCCCAAACAAGCAAGAUGUACAGCAGCAGCAGCGCAAGGGCUGUAGCUGUUGUGGUGGAUCUGUAAGUGUAGAUUCUGAUUGCGUACGACCUCGUCCCGCAGCCUCCCAGGGUUAUCUCCCUGCAGCAGUGCCGUAAGGAAGGGAGGAGGCGUUUUCCAACACCGGCAGGAGUGUUUACUUUUAUGCUAAGAAGUUGUUCAAAAUCGUAUCAGUCUUAAUGCUGAUUUUAAGAGUUCAACUUGCUCUAACUUUUAAAGGAGGUGGUGUAUUUUGAGCUGACCUGUUUACCUGGAACCCUGCUUUAGCUCAGCUACUCUUCUUGUGCACCCCCAGCCUCUGCUGGCAGGGCAGUAUGAGAAGCUGGAAAGUCCUUGACUUAGUAUAAACACGGCUUAGAAACAACUAAAAACAUCAG